AUGCCUCUCAAACUCCGCGGCUCGCUCCCAAAGAGCCUACCGCGCAGGAGAGACCCAACUGCGAAAUCAGUUCCGCCGUGCCCAUCCUGCGCAACCACGCAAGGGCGCCGAAACCUCUCUACGCGUCGGAACCUCUCCUCCCGUCGACUCCGGACGCAAAUACAGUCGCCGACAAUUCCGAUACCCCGUCUCCAUUCCCUCGAAAACACAAAGUUAUACUCGACGGCCCCGACGACAGCACAUACAGCCCGUCAUGUUCCCCCGCGGAUAAGAGAGCUUUACGAGUCGCUCGUGCAGAUCCAGAGCGUUGCGCCGGAGCAGGUGAACCUGAGUCGGCUGCAGUUGGCGCUGAGAGGGUUGGAGACUGAGGAACCGUUGGUUAGAGUUGCGGUUCUGGGAUUGAACGAUGUUGCUGCGGCGAGGAAGCUGGUGAGGCUAUUACUGGCUGAUCCAUUGAAGGAGAAGGAAGACUGGGAGGAUAUGCUGAACUCAGUUUCUGAGAAUGGGGAGCUGGAGAGAGGGUUGUUGAUUAGAUACGGAGAAGUCUCGGAAAGUAUCUCGAACCAUCUUGUACCAACGAUCUCCGUCCCAUCACAGCUUUUGAAAAACGCCAAUCUGGAAAUCCUAGUUACGAGUCUCGGAACGCAGACGGACAUGUCCAGAGCGCAGCUAACAUCUGACACGUUCCUGGUGCCGACGGUAACGAUCCAGACCUCGCAUACGGGCCGGCAUAAUGUGGUGCGGUAUCCGGUGCACAGGAGUAUUGUGUGCGCGGAAGGCGUGGACGGGUUACUUGCCUGCAGUGGAUUAAUUGCCCAGGCAGAUCUAAGAAAGGAAGCGGGCUCGAUCUUUGCGGCUGUCGAGCUAGGAGGUUCUGGGCCUGCUAUCAACGACAACCGGAUUGCCUUUGUGGAUACAAACAAGGCCGGCGAGGCCCUGGACAAGUUCCGCGAGUCCGUGCGGAAUGUGCUUGUGUACGAGCGUGGAUGGAGCAACAGUGGCGUGCAGCCGGUUGUGGACUGGCUAUCGGCCGCGCGGACUGAACCAGGGAUUCUAAAUUCUUCGUUGAGGUCACUGAUAGCAUCCUUGAUUGACGCCGCGGAGCAAGGCGUGGUGACGGAGGAGACAAGGAGGGUCCAGGAACAAGAGGAGGCUUCUGUUUCGGACAUUGUCCGAGCAAACAUGGAUCAGACCGUGUCCGCGUGGGCUGAGAAAUCCCAUACAGAACUGCACAGCGCGCUCGAGGAAGGGUUUGCGACUAAAGAGUGGCGUGGUCUAGCAUGGUGGAAGCUGUUCUGGCGCGUUGACGACGUGGGCAUGAUCACCUCGGAGAUCCUGGAGAAGAAGUAUCUGCGCCGUGCCGAAAAGGACGUCAUCUGGACCGCUGGUCAACUUGAGCAGGCUGGCCUGCAAGAGCCGCCAGCAGAAGAAGAUCCCGUUACCACCGCUACUGAGCCAGCCGUCGAGGACGCCGAAGAGGUCGCGGAAGCCGAAAACGACAGCAAAAAUGUCGCCGUCGCUAUCGUGGAACCUCCAAAAGAGGAAAAGGAGAAACUGCCCUGGCCCACGCAAAUUGCGCAAAGCCGCGCGCAACUCAUCGAAACCACAGUUCCGUCACUGCAGGCCAUGGCGCAACGUCUGGUCCUCUUCAGCAUCUCGACAACGUCACUAACCACUGCGCUCUCCGUCCUGACCUCCGUCUCACUACCAACAGCCUCAGUAUACGAAACCGGCACCAUCGCCGCCGUUGGUUUAAUCUACUCACUGCGACGGCAACAGCGGAAGUGGGACGCCGCGCGGACAUUCUGGGAAGAAGAAGUGCGCGAUAAUGGCCGGACUGCCUUGCGCGAGACAGAAGAACAGCUGCGCAGGACUGUGCGCGAGGGCGGCAAGGUCCAGCUUCCUGUCACGGCGCAUGAGGCUCGGAAGGCCAUCAAGCAGGCUCGCGAUGCGUUUGACAAUGUACACUAG